AUGAAACCAUCAGCGCCAGGCCCAGCGCCAGCGAUCUCAGUCGGAGUCAAAAACUCCAUCUGGUCCAUCUUCUUCUACCUAAUCGUUAUUCAAGCGCUCGGUUCUGCCAUAAUUUCCGGCGGCAUCGAGUUUGCCAUUGCAUAUGCCAUGUACCAUUCCCGCGUAAAUCUCAUCACUUUAUGGGCAUUCCCUCAUACGAUCUCGGGCGACUGCGCACUGAGCCUGUUCAUACAGGUGGGUCUCACAUGGGCCAGCGAGGAGAUUCUGAUCGGAUUCGAUGACUACAAGAGGCCUGUUUUCAGGUUGAAUAGAUGGAUUAACAAGCCGUCACCACAAGCAGAGCAGUCUAACGAAGAGGUACUGCUCCCAAAGAAGCGGUUCAUUGUGGACUACUUCGAAACCAAAGAUAAUGUCAUUGUCAAGCAAAAUAGGCUAUAUAAAAAUUGUAAUUGGCUCUUCGCCUAUUUGGAGGUCAAUAGAGGGAUCAUCCCAAAGGGUAAAGGGGCCACGCUGAAAGGCUUUCUCAUGUCCCAGUUUGUUCAUGAUGGUUCGCGCUCAAAAUUUGUUAACUUUCUGGAAUGGUUUGUACAGAAAUUCAUCAGAUCCAUGAUCCUGGCCAUUGCCAUGUUUGUCGUCAUUUGGCCCGUCACUAUGGGUAUCCUUGCCGGAAUCGGUCAUAGGGUCGGGUCCUACGACUUCUACUUCAACGACUAUCCGCUACCGCAAGUGAUGAAGUUGAUUUACGGCGUUGUCAUCGCAUUCAUAUGCACUCCAGUGACCAUUAUCGUCAUCAUGUUGCGGAACCAAUUCCAUGAAGAACUUUACUAUGAAGGCUUGGCAAAUGGUACGCUACAGCGGGACCAAGAAGACUGUUCAACGGGUUCGAUCGAUCAAGACAUUAGCACCACCAAACACCAAUCUGCAGAAGCAAUAGUGUGA